AUGUUUCUUACGGAAAGAAUGCUACUUGCUGUCGCUUUAGUGUUCUCUUUCGUGAGAACUUCCUGUCUUGCCCAGUCAGGGCCCAGUCGUGGCGUUCCUGACUUGAGUCCAUUCCGUUGGGCUCAACGAGCUGUCUAUGUGAAUUCAAACAGUACAAUACACACUGAAAUUUCCUCCACCCUUACAACAGACCACUACCUUGAUGUCGCAAAGGAGUUGGUUCAGGCUGUAGCCGCAGGUGCUGCCUUUCGCGUUGUAGGUGAUCACUACAUCGACGAUAAUGGCGUUGCCCAUGUCUACUUCCGUCAGAUGCUCCAUGGUAUUGAUAUUGAAAAUUCCGACUUUAACGUGAAUGUGAGCAUGAAGUCUUUCCCUUCAUCGCUCGAAGUUCAAUGA